AUUUUGGAUUGAGUGAAUCUUUCGUAACCCCUCAAGCAUUAUCGCUCAAAGUUUCAGACGUUCACGAAAGCGUAGUUUUUUCAUUAUUCUUCUUCGUUCUCUAUCAACACAAUACUUGUGUAGGAAAAUAAGUCGGUCUUCACACAUCAACAAUCAACGUGUCAAUAAUUAAUUCAAGUGGUCUUGACACCUGACAUCCACGACUAUAACACUAAAGAAUUGGAAUAGAUAAAUUACUUUUAGUGGUAUGAUGGAUUCAUCGGACUUUGUACUUGAUAGAUUGAGACAAAAUAUAACAGAAAAUAGCCUGCAACUGAAAGCAUUGAUUCAGGAUAUCAACGCAUGCGUUGGUCCGUUGGUUGAACUUCACGUUCUCAAUAGCGCGGGACGUUCAAAAAUAAGUACUCUCAGAAAAUCAUUGGAUAAAUUCAGCGAUAUUGCGAAAGAAAGUAAAGAUCCUGAAUUACUGAAAGAAGUAGUGAUUCAGAGAGAACAGUUGGCAAGUUCCAUGGAUGCUUUCAAAAAAGCCAACUUGAAGUCUAUGCUAUCUAUUGAGAAAAGUGUUAAAGAAGAAUUACUCAAACCUACCAAAGACGAGUCAGUUCUCCGACAACGACAAAAGAGGGACAAAGAGAGUCUAGUGAAGAUGAGUUCCAAUGUGACUGAUCAAUUGCUGUCGAUUAGUAAACAGCUAGCAGAUACUACUCAAAGAAGCGCAGCUACGCUUGAAACACUUGUUACAUCUUCUGAUAGUGUAACAGGUACACAAGAAGAACUGAAAGUUACGUCAAGUGCAAUUGGACAAUCGGGGAAAUUGUUAGCGAAAUAUGGGAGAAGAGAAUGCACUGACAAAAUUUUAAUGUUUUUUGCUUUUGGGUUCUUCAUAGCUUGUGUAUUUUAUAUUGUUCAAAAAAGAGUGUUCUGAUUCCACUUCAGAAACGGAAAGUA